AUUUAUUCAUUCAUUCAUUCAAUUAUAUACCUCACAUAUGCAGGGUGGGAUAAAAGCUGUGGUGUGGACAGAUGUUGUUCAAGCUGUUCUUAUCCUCAUUGGAAUCAUCGCCCUUCAAGUGAAGUCCCUUAUGCUUGUGGGCGGGUGGGGCAACGUGUUUGCUGCGUUAGAGAAAGGACAUCGAAUGAAUUUUUUCAGUUUUGACCUAGACCCGACAAUACGUGCAACAACAUUUUCGGUGGUGAUUGGGAUGACCGUGUUCACAUGUGGAGUCCAAUGCACAUCUCAGGCUUUGGCUCAAAGAUAUCUGUCAUGCAAAACUUUAAAACAAGCGAGACAGUCAAUGGUAAUAGGUUCCAUAACCAACGCAGUAUUGGUCACAAUAUGUGGAUUGAAUGGCUGUAUCAUGUUCGCUUACUACAAGGACUGCGAUCCAGUUUUAUCGAAGAAAAUACAUAAAAUAGAUGAGAUAAUGCCGUUUAUGGUAAUGGAUGUGUUUUCCAAGAUGCCAGGGAUGUCUGGUGUGUUUGUAUCUACAAUAUACAGUGGAACCCUCAGCACUGUGUCCUCUGGUAUCAAUUCUCUUGCCAAUGUUAUUCUUGAAGAUUUCUACAAACCAAAGCGACCAAACCUCAGCCAAAAGUCAUAUCUACUCGCAAGCAAGUUAUUCGCCUUCACCCUUGGCAUAAUAAUGACAGCAACAGCGUACGUGGUCCCAUUUCUUGGCACCACAGUCGUACAAAUCGUAGUCAGUGCGUUUGGAUUAUUUUUGGGGCCCGUUCUUGCCACAUUUACAAUGGGGAUAUUUAUACCGUGGACAAACUCGAAGGGGGCAAUUAUCGGUGCACUCGUCGGUUCAGCUGUUGCAUGCUGGGUCUGUGUUGGCGGGUUGGUGUAUGCUCCUUAUCAUGAUAUAAAACAAAUACUGCCCCGCAACAUUAGUGGGUGCGUUUCAAAUUCAUUCAAUGCCACGGAGGGAUUAACGACUCCUUUAUUUGGUCAUACUAUGUUGCCGACAGCAAUUCCAACAUCGAGCCCAUCACUGACCACCACGUUAUACUCAGUGUCGUACAUGUACCACGCAAUGAUUGGGUUUAUGGUAGCUUUACUCACAGGUGUGGCUGCAUCAUUCGUGACAGGUCACAACAUAGCUUCACAAGCAGAUCCGCAGCUUUUUCUUCCUUUAUUUGACAACAAAUUUCUCCCGGAAAAAGUACGAAAAUGCUUCCGCUUGGGAGUGCCAGAGAUCCAACCACGAAAAUUCUGCUUCGCAGAAAAUUGCCGACUGGAGGAAAAAAUCAACUUAAAUCAAAAUGGAACAGAAAACGUUCAAUGAAAAGAUGAUUUAAUAAUUCUAUAUUUCUUUAAUAAACAUAAAUGAUGCUGUUAUGGCGUUAUAUAAUGGAAUAGAGAUAUGAAAGAAACAAAUGUUUGAACAAGAAUAUAUAAGUUGAAUGAAUGAA